AUGGCCAUGUUCACGGCGGAGGAGCAACACUCUCCUGGCCCUGCCCUUCCCGGCGGCCGCUACCCCGGCGAUCCGCUCAGCCUCGAGCUCCCCUCAGAUCCUGGUCCCACGCCCCAGCGUCCCCAUGAUACACGCGAGGAGGAGGAGGAGGAAGAAGAGGGGGAGCCUCUCGACAUUACUUCAGAGCCACCUCUCAUCCGCUGGGGAGAGUUCGACAUCGAUGAUCCUGAGUAUACAAGCGAGGACGACGAGCAUGCACUGGCGACGGACGACGAGGAGACAAAUUGCCCAGGGAAGAACUUCCCCAGGAAAGAAGCAAGGCGAGUAGACGCAGCAUGGAUGGAGGCAUACACCAAAGGGAACAUUGAAUUCCAGAGGAUGUGUAAUGAGAUUCUAGCGAGUGGAGAUGAGAAUGCCCUUCUCCCCGCUUGUCCUCUCAAAGUGUUCCCUGAGGCGUCAGGGCUGUGCAUCAGGAGGGAUCACUGCCACCACCGUGAAUACAAAACCCAUCAAUUUAUUUUUGCCAUCUCUGUAUGUGCAGCUAAAUCAACGCUUGGAUACCGUGAUCCGGGAAAGAUGAUACAGAUCUUUGGACUGAAGGUAACUUGUUCUGAGCCCUAUCCGGUCAGUGUCUAUGGAGUAGUUGCUGUCCGGGAUGACUUGGAGCCACUACGAAAUCCUGUCUUUAACCGUCCCUGCAGAGACGACGCUCUCGUGAUUCACCAGGAUUCCCUUGCAUUGCCUCUUUGUAGCCCUUGCCGUGGAAUGUACAUAUGGGAUAAGGCAUUACUAGAAGUUGAUCUUUGGGAAAAGUGCGAAGGAGAUGGAUCAUCCGACAAGCGAUUACUUCUUGCGCAUGCUGAGAUUGAGGGGCAGUAUGACUUAGAUUUGAUGAUAGAUGGGCAGAUAACAGGCGACCGUUGCAGCCUGGUCAUGGACUACCUGUUGCUUGCAGGGAGUGUGGAGGUUGUCAUACAGGUCUUUGCAAAGGUUGAGCACCCUCAUCAUCUGCGAUUCGCCGCAUUCAUCAGUGGCUUUGCUCAUGAGAUUGUGCUGUUUGAUGGCAAAUUCUCUGGUGACGAGAAGCUGCUCCAGCAUGUCGUCGCAGUGAAGGCCAAGGGAAAACUGGAUGUUUGCUUGGAACUGGAGGAAUCGCUGUUUUGGUGGACUUUUGAGCAAGGAGCUGUUGGAGCUGUUAGGUCUCCUGACAAUUCGGUGUUGAAGUAUGGCCAGUUCGAUGUGAGGGUGCUUUUUGCUCCCAAGGACUUCACUGUGGUUGGCUGAUACCUGAAGGGAAGUGACAAAGAUGCCCCAUUCUGUAAUAUCCGUGUUUUAUCUUCUACUGUAUAUCGGUUGGAAUUUGAAUUCCGUUUGUAAGCUCUCAUAUGGCAGAACAACAGACGUUUGACGGUUUGAGGUCUUAAUCAGCGGUUUAAAUAUGUUCCAACUGCAACAGAAGAAGUUCGAGGCCUGCCAUGUGUGGUCUCUAAAUAAUGUUAGAACUGCUUAUAUGCAUGCAAACUGUUAUGGGGUUGGUAGUAUGUUUUGAGCUCUUAUAUUUUAUUAAAUAUGUUCCAACUGCAACAGAAGAAGUGAUUGCUUGAAUAGUGAGUUUUAGCCGAUUUAAUAAAAUCCAACUUUAUGAAUAAUCAGUGUUUUAAAACAAGGCAAAAGACUUACCAUUUUCAUUGAUUGAGAGAGAACUUGUGACAUACACGCAGCCCAAGCGGCACAACACUAACUAAUUACUCAAGCGGCAUUACAUUACUCUAUGCUUGGCGCUCGUGAUAUCCCAAAGCGGCUAACAAUAACAGCCCCGGAGCUUCUUUAUUUCUAAAGAUGUGCAUGUUCCUUUCUUUUCAAAUCUCCCAUUUAACAAGAGGGAUCAGUUUAUCUUUACUAUUAAAGCAGUGCAUGUUCCUUUCUUUUCAAAACUCCCAUCUAACAAAAUGGAUCAGUUUAUCUUUACUAUUAAAGCAGAGUAUGCGGUUACGAGCACAUUACGGUCGUCUCUCAUUUCUGCCCUGAAAAAGAUGAAACCUUUUUUUGAAACUUGAAAAAGAUAUAUAAAACUGAAAGAAAAAGAAAUAGUCGUCACCUACAAGCACACGUCUCACGGCCCAUCUCCCCUAAACCCCCUUGCUUAGCCAGCCUUCUCCCCUUUCACCCGAUCCCCUUCAAGUCGAUUUGUUCAAGGUUGGACUCUGCCUCACGGGAUCCUUUGCCGUCUGUGUUCGACCAGUUGUUGGUCCUUGUUUGGUUUAAAAUACUGCGAGAUUCAGCAUUAGCAGAAGAAGAAUAAUGAUUUUAGAGGGGGCAUCAAUUCAGUCAAGUCCUAAUUAGGGACAGUGGAGCGUGUGAGCAAGUUGAAAAUUCUCAGAAUCCAUUCACUUCACUCUUUAUUUCUUUUGCACGGAUAUGGCACGUUCUAUUCGAGUAUUAGACUCGAGCAAGCCUUUUGUCGACAUCCCCAAACUGACGCCGGAUCUUAUUCUCCUGGCAAGAAACCAAUUCAUAGCUCAACGUUGAUUGCAGUCUCUCACCAAAUCAUAGCAUGUACGAUUAAUUACAUAAAUUGUAGAACAACCGUAUAUCGUAUAAUUAGGAUGCCGGUGAGCAAGAACAAAAA